AUGGCGGGCGCGGCGGACAAGACCAUGUACGACCCCGACAGCUCCACGUACAGAAGCUCGAUGUGCGACUGCACAAAGGCCGUCUGCGAGGGGUGCGCCGAGUUCAUCGAGACGCACUUGCCAGGCUUUGGGUGUUCCCCGCCCGAUUGGCCGCACCACAUUUCCAUAUCCCUGUUCCUAGGCUACACGGUGGACCUCUUGCUUGCCGAGCGCGCCAGGGACGAGUCUCUGGCGGAGGACAUGGCAGAGGGCAUGCUGUACACGGCUGAGGGCAAUGAAGUUCGCGACAUCACGGCCAGCAUGGGGGCGUCCACCUUUGCGCUCGUGGACGAGAGCUACAUCGUGCUUUCCGCGUGGCAGGUCACGCAGCGCUGGAGGAAGACGCCGAAGACCAUGCGCCUGAAAGGAGUCAAGCUGCCGAGCUACUCGAAGAAAGGGGCGAUGUCGGUCUUGUACCCGUUCAAGAACCCCGAUCAGCCCUACAAGAUCUUGCGGCUGCAGACAGUGUUGUCAGCCAACGCCUCGAGUGACCAGAAAGGUUGUCUGCCAGAGGCCUUGAAAAACCAGAUCCCCAUCGUCUUGAAAGGGCGCAAGAGGAAGAUUGACUUCAUGGCCAAGCUGGAGGCCGCUGCUGAGGAUCAGCCCGAGAAGCAUGUGCCCCGUCGCUCACCCGCGCCAUCCAAGCCCGCCUUGACUCCGAAGGGCGGCGGCCGUGGGCUGGGGUCUGGCAGCCGGAGUACUCCGAAGAGGCCAGCGUCAGCAGACGCAGAUGCGCUCGACUUCAUCAUCGAUCCGAGCAUCCCCAAGGGCACGCCAGAUUAUUGGAUCGCUAAGCUGCCCCUUCGCCAAGUCGCCAAAGGCACAAAGCUCGGCAGCGAGUACAACCAAGCGAAGGUCUUGCGCGACAAGCUCCCCGUGGGCGAUGAUCGCAAUCGUUUGAAUACGCACAUCGAGCUCUACGACAAGGCAAUGACCUUCAUCCCAGGUGCGAUGGAGAAGCUCGACGAGGAUAAAUUCAUACAGUACUGCGGGGCUUUCGACGCCGCUGGCGUGCAGCUCCUCCCAGUGACCCAAAAGGAGAUUGCGCGCAGGAAGACUACGCCCCUCUGGGAAGGCUUCGAGUCAAGCCCGCGAGAGCUGAGCGGUCGCAAUCAGCUAAAGAUGGCCUUGGACAUGCUACGGAUCUGGGAUACUGAAGAUACACGUGCUGAUUUUGAUUGGAGAAACCCGCUGCUCGUCACCAUUGGCUUCCCAGUGCCCGAUAUGAACGACGCAUUCAAGCAGAUGGUCUUCAACGAUAACCUGAUCAAGUGGAUCGGGGGUGGCGAAUGCAAAGAGGCUCAUGUCCUCGAGUUCGUGGCCACCGCACUUGAGGCGUGGGAUAUUCCUGUCGAUGCAAACCUUGACCCAUUGUCGGGUCAGAUCUUGGUGGAUGCGCAGAAGGCCCUCAACGUCUUGAAGCAUAUCAGCGACCAGAACAUCAGCAUCAACACUGACCUGGGCAUCUUCGAUGACGUCAAGGCCAUGGAGCAGGCAGCCUACCAGACGACGGCGAAACCCAGCCUAUUCAUCAGUGUGGCCCAUGCCGUCAAUGGCAAUACCUUCUGGAAGGCACGCUUGGCGUCGGCUACGAAAAAGAACGAGAAGAUGAAAGCGAACGCGCCGAAGAUCGCGAAGCUGCUCCAGGAUUUCAGGAAGCACCAGUCGCCUACCCCGACACAGGAGUUCCACGAUCUGGUCAAGCGGGCCAUUGAUGACAUCCCCUACUUGCGCACUGCUUUGAGUGAGGGCGCCGCCGACGAGCUCGAGAGUGUUGCGAUGAACAAGCUCCUCGAAGCAGUUCGAUGCUGGACGAGCGUUGGCACUGCUGGAGCCCCGAAGGCCGAUCACAGGGCUGAUCAUGACAUGAUGCAGUCAUUCAAGAAGCUGCUCGUAAUCGCUGCGGAGUCUUGCCCCUCCUUCGAGGACUUGACGCGAGAGGUCGAUAACUUGAGCAAGGUGCUCGACGCCGUCGACUCCGAUUCGAAGAUGCAAUCCGUCAAGCACUUCAUCUCCAAGGCCAACGCCGACGAGGCAGUUGACGUCAAGGAGCUCGUGGACCUCGCCGCUGGGGUGGACCGCGGUUCUCUGGAUGCGGCUGAUCAAAGUGAGAUGCUUGCCCAUUUCUCUGCCAAUGUCAAGCAGCUCGUGGAGAGGGACUUCGAGGAUGCCCCGAACCGCAAACCCGUCGACAUGAAUUUGGAGUUCGAGGGCGUGCUGGUUGGACUCAUGACAAAGGACGUCAGCAAGAGAGCUGAGGUGGUUUUGGCGUCCGCGAGGGCGGUCCUGAAGCUCAAACGCGCAGCCUCCCUCUUGAACGAGAAGGUGAUCGACGACAACGACGAGCUCGCAGGCGAAGGAGCCGAGAAGCAGGCCGCAGUCGUGAAGAGGGAGGUUGCCAAGGCGACGAAGCAGUUGAAGAACGGGCUUUCCGACGAGGUUAUGAAGCCAGCGGGCUUAUCACCAACAAAAUUCAACGACACGGCUGGGGUCAUCGUAAAGGGCGCGGUGGAUUUGCACACGAGGGUGGGACAGGCUUGCCUGCAAAAGCGCGAGGCCACCUUGGCAGAGGCGCGCUUGCAUGCGCAGACUCUGACACUCGACAACCCAGACCUCUGUCGCUGGAUCGAUAGGGGUGAGACAGAGUGGGAGGAUAUGAAGCGCAUGGCGGAUGAGCUGCUGAACGGCGUCAGCGUGGAGGGCAUCUUCGAAGCCGUGCACAUCAUCGAGAAGGCGAAGCUGGCUACGUCCGAGUACGCUGACGACAUGGCGGUCAAGGCCGACUCCGAGCUCAUGAGUUCGACGCCCGAUUUGAUUAAGAAGGUGGCCAACAUCGCCUGCGAGAUUCAGCUCAUGCAGGCGUUCUUGAGCAAGUCGGCCAAGGACAAGGUCUGGCUGCGGGGCCAGUGCGUGGCGGUGCAGAAGGAGCUCUCCAACUGGAAGGUCUUGCCCAGCGACAUGGACUCAACGGUCCUCGCCAAGUACCGCUCCGCCCUGAAGUUGCAGUCCAUCUGA